AUGAUCCACAAGCCAAAGGAAGUUCCUCAUUUCGGGUGUUGGGUAAUCCAAAAACUGCUCAGAAACUCCAUGAGCAAUGGUGGCCAGCUUCACUGUGGAGGAAUGGUCUCAAUUAUAGUUGAACAUCUUGGUCUCCACCUACCCAACAACCAUACUAACAUAAUUCCAGGCCGCACUCAUUUAUCUAUUGAUGUUAUGGAUACUAUGCACCUCUUUUACUGCCAUCCCAAUGGGGUUGUUCAUUGGACCAUAGAUGGUAGAGAGUAUAUACGAAUUGACAGCCGAAAUAUGAAGAUACUCGCUUUGGUCAAUGACAUCCCAUCUACAAAUUGGCGCCACCAGUCCAACUUGGGUGUUACUACAGCCCGUAGAACUCCAACCACCACCCCUGCUCCCCUGCUCCAACUUCAGGUGCCGCUAGAUCGUCUCACCCCAUUCCUUUUCCCGAACACAACAUUUACAUGGGUGAGUUUACAUGAUGGUACCACCAUUACACGAGUCUUCAGCAGGAGGUAG